GGCGGGGCCGGGCGGGGCGAGCGCCGCAGCGGGACCAGUCGGCAGCUCCUGCAUCCCGGCCGCCAGCAUCCUCCGCACCGGGCCCGCACCCCCGCGGCCCCGGCCUCGGCGGGGCCAUGGCCGAGAUCACCAGCGUCCACCCCGGCUUCGAUGUGUCCCCCGUGGUGGCAGGACUCAUUGGAGCCACUGUGCUGGUGGUUUCUGUCUCGGUCACAGUCUUUGUGUGGACAUGCUGUCACCAGCAAGCAGAAAAGAAGCACAAAACCCCCCCCUACAAAUUCAUUCACAUGCUGAAAGGCAUCAGCAUCUACCCGGAGACCUUGAGCAACAAGAAGAAAAUCAACCGGCUGCGGCGAGACAAGAGCGGCCCGGCCAGGGAGGGGGGCAGCGGGGGGAACCUGCUGGUGGAUGCUGCUGAGGCUGGCUUGGUGGGCCCCAACAAGGCUCCAGAUGGACCCCCCCAGGUGGAGCAGCUCCCCAUCAAAGUGGAUUACGGAGAUGAACUCAGCCCGGAUCAAAGCCUCACCCCGGCAGGGAGCAAAACCUCCUCUCCCUCCUCGCCGGGCGACGACGUCCUGCUGGGAGACCUGACCUUCUCAGUGGACUACAACUUCCCCAAAAAAGCCCUGGUGGUCACCAUCCAGGAGGCCCACGGGCUGCCCGUGAUGGAUGAGCACACCCAGAGCUCCGACCCUUACAUCAAGAUGACCAUCCUGCCCGACAAGAGGCACCGCGUCAAGACCCGCGUGCUCCGCAAGACCCUGGAGCCCGUCUUCGACGAGACCUUCACCUUCUACGGGAUCCCCUACAGCCACCUGCAGGACCUGGUGCUGCACUUCCUGGUGCUCAGCUUCGACCGCUUCUCCCGCGACGACGUGAUCGGCGAGGUGAUGGUGCCCCUGGCCGGGGUGGAUCCCAGCACUGGCAAGGUGCAGCUCACCAGGGAGAUCCUCAAAAGGAACAUACAGAAGUGCAUCAGCAGAGGGGAGCUGCAGGUGUCCCUGUCCUACCAGCCCGUGGCCCAGAGGAUGACUGUGGUGGUGCUGAAGGCCAGGCACUUGCCCAAGAUGGACAUCACUGGCCUCUCAGGUAACCCCUAUGUCAAGGUGAACCUGUACUGCGGCCGCCGGCGCCUGGCCAAGAAGAAGACUCACGUCAAGAAGUGCACUCUGAACCCGGUGUUCAACGAGUCCUUCAGCUACCAGCUGGCACCAGAGCUGGUGCCCGAGGUCAGCCUGGAGCUGCUGGUGAUCUCCUUCGAGCGCAGCACCAAGAGCCAGGCCGUGGGCAGGCUGGUGCUGGGUGCCCACAGUGCCACCCCCGCCGGCGCCCAGCACUGGCAGCAGGCCUGCGAUGGCAGUGGCCGCGCCGUGGCCAGGUGGCACAGCCUGAGCGAGUACUAGAGCUGGGCUUAGCCCGCCCAGAGCUGGGCUUGGCCCGCCCAGAGCUGGGCUUAACCCGCCCAGAGCUGGGCUUGGCUCGCCCAGAGCUGGGCUUAACCCGCCCAGAGCUGGGCUUGGCCCACCCAGAGCUGGGCUUAACCCGCCCAGAGCUGGGCUUGGCUCGCCCAGAGCUGGGCUUAGCCCGCCCAAAGCUGGGUUUAGCCCACCCAGAGCUGGGCUUAGCCCGCCCAGAGCUGGGCUUGGCCCGCCCAGAGCUGGGCUUAGCCCGCCCAGAGCUGGGCUUGACCCGCCUAGAGCUGGGCUUGGCUUAGACCACCCAGAGCUGGGCUUGACCCGCCUAGAGCUGGGCUUGGCUUAGACCACCCAGAGCUGGGCUUGGCCCUCCCAGAGCUGGGCUUGGCUUAGCCCGCCCAGAGCUGGGCUUGGCCCGCCCAGAGCUGGGUUUAGCUCACCUAGAGCUGAGUUUAGCUCACCCAGAGCUGGGCUUAGCUCACCUAGAGCUGGGUUUAGCCCCGCUAGGCCGGACUGAGGGCUGGGCUUAGGGCUGGAAGGGAAGAGAGGUGGUUGGGGGGUGUGGAAGAGAUCGGGGAAGGAACGGUGGGAAAUAAGAACUAAAAUUGUCUUUAAUUCAUGUUCUGCAGGGCACUAAAAUCCUAAAAUUGGGGGAGGGACAGUAGGGAAAUAAUACCAAAAUUCUCUUUAGUUAAUGUGGUUUUUCAAGGCACUAAAAUCCUAAAAUUGGGGAAGGAAUAAUGGGGAAAUAAUGGUUAAAAUUGUCUUUAGUUCAUGUUCUGCAGGGCACUAAAACUGGGGAAGGAAUGAUGGGAAAAUAAUAACUAAAAUUCUCUUUAGUUGAUGUGGUUUCUGCAGGGCACUAAAAUUCUAAAAAAUAGGGGAAUAUCUGCAAAAAAUAAAAUAAAAUGGGGAAUAAAUGAUAAUAAUUUAAAAAUGGGUUCUCUUUAGUUGAUGUGGUUUUUGCAGGGCACUAGGAUGGUAAAAUUGGGGAAGGAAUGAUGGGAAAAUAAUAAUUAAAAUUCUCUGUAGUUGAUGUGGUUUUUGCAAGGCACUAAAAAAACUAAAAAAUGGGCAAUGAAUGAUAAGAAAGAUAAUUUUAAAAAAGUUCUCUUUUUGCAGGGCCCUAAAAUCCUAAAAAAAUGGGGACUAAAUCCUAAAAAAAAUAAUUUUAAUUAAAAUUCUCUUUAGUGGGUGUGGUUUGGCAAGGCACCAAAACACUAAAAAACAACAAAAACAAAAAAAAGGUGGGGGAUAAAGCUCAGAAAGAAAUUUACAGCCAAGGUUUUAUUGAAUGAUGGGGAAAGAAUUAAAAUUCUCUUUAGUGGAUGUGGUUCUGCAGGGCACUAAAACCCUAAAAAAACAACAAAAAAAUGGGGGAUAAAAGCUCAGAAAGAAAUUUACAGCCAAGGUUCUGUUGAUGUGGAAUGAAUGAUGGGGAAAGAAUUAAAAUUCUGUUUAGUUGUGGUUCUGCAAGGCACCAAAACCCUAAAAAAAACAACAACAACAAAAAAAGGUGGGGAAUAAAAGCUCAGAAAGAAAUUUACAGCCAAGGUUUAAUGAAUGAUGGGGAAAGAAUUAAAACUCCCUUUAGUUGUCUUUUUGCAGGGCCCUAAAAUCCUAAAAAACAACAACAACAAAAAAAGAAAGGUGGGGGAUAAAAGCUCAGAAAGAAAUUUACAGCCAAGGUUUUAUUGAUGAGGAAUGAGUGAUGGGGAAAAGAAUUAAAAUUCUGUUUAGUUGUGGUUCUACAAGGCUCCAAAACCCUCCAGAAAAAGGGAAUCAGCGCUGAGAGCAAGCAGUCCCUGUCCCUCGCAGUGUGCUCCCGCUGUUGCAUGCCUCCCACCCGAGCUCAGCCUCCUGCCAGCACCAGGCUCAGUCCCAUCCCUGUCCCUUUGGAGUUGUGUUUGUGUCUCUGCUGGUGUCCCCAGGACUGGCCUGGCCUCUCCAGGCCUCUCCCCAGUUUCUGCUGUUGAUCCUCCCCUCUCUGCUCCCCGUUUUUUCCUCGCCUGCCCAUCGGUUCUGUGCUGCUCUGGGAGGUGCCAGCCACGAGUUCUGCACUGGCCCAGAAGGAAAAUGGCACUGCCCUCCAGAGAAGGGACACUGAGAUCCUCGUCCUGGAGAUGGUCCUGGGGGAGCUGGGGGGUCCCAGGGUGGGCCCCAAAUCCCAACCCCAAGCAGUGAUCCCAUUGUUCCCAUUGCUCUGGGCACAGGGGCAGGGAUGGGGGAACCCUGCUGGGCUUCACUGGGUCCAGCCUCAAUCUGCAGCUGAUCCUGCUCAGAUCCAUCUCAUUCCAGCCUCAAUCUGCAGCUGAUCCUGCUCAGAUCCAUCUCAUUCCAGCCUCAAUCUGCAGCUGAUCCUGCUCAGAUCCAUCUCAUUCCAGCCUCAAUCUGAAUCUGAUCCUGCUCAGUUUAAUUUCAUUUAAUCCUGCUCAGUUUAAUUUGAUUUAAUCCUGCUCACUUUCAUUGGAUUCCAUCCUCAAUCUGCAUCUAACGAAUCCUGCUGGGUUUCAUUUGAUUUAAUCCUCUCUGAAUUUAAUCCUGCUGAGUUUCAUCUUAUUCCAUCUUUAAUCUGCAUUUAAUCCUGCUCAGAUUCAUUUGAUUUCAUCCUCUCUGAAUUAAUCCUGACCAGAUUCAUGAUUCCAUCCUCCCUGAAUUUAAUCCAGCUCAGUUUGAUUUGAUUCCAUCUUUAAUCUGCUUUUAAUUUUGCUUGGAUUCAUCUGAUUCCAUCCUCAAUCUGCAUCUAAUCCUGCUCAGUUUGAUUUGAUUUAAUCCUGCUCAGUUCCAUUUGAUUCCAUCUUUAAUCUGCAUUUAAUCCUGCUCAGUUUCAUCUGAUUCCAUUUUUAAUCUGCAUUUAAUUCUGCUCAGAUUCAUUUGAUUCCGUCCUCUCUGAAUUUAACCCUGCUCAGUUCUAUUUGAUUCCAUCUUUAAUCUGCAUUUAAUCCAGCUCAGUUUGAUUUGAUUCCAUCCUCAAUCUGCAUCUAAUCCUGCUGGGUUUCGUUUGAUUCCAUCCUCUCUGAAUUUAUCCCUGCUCAGUUUGAUCCCACCCUCUCUGCUCAUGUCUGUGCUGGCAGCCCAGAGCUGAGCCAGGCCCUGACAAGGUGACAAAUCCUCCCUCCAUCCCAGACAUGGUGGCUCAGAGAUGAUCCUGCAGCUCCCCAGGGAGGGCAGAGCCUGGCCCAGAGCUGGAAUCCUGAGAUCCUGAAAUCCUGGAAUCCUGAGAUCCUGGCUGAUUCCAGAGCUGGAAUCCUGGAAUCCUGAAAUCCUGAGAUCCUGGCUGAUUCCAGAGCUGGAAUCCUGGAAUCCUGAGAUCCUGGCUGAUUCCAGAGCUGGAAUCCUGGAAUCCUGGCUGAUUCCAGGCCCUGGGAGCCUCCCAGGGGCCAGAGGGAGCUGGGGCUGUUGGAGCCCUGCAGGAAUUGAUCAGUUUGGGCUGUUCUGCUCCCCGGGUGAAGUCUGGCAGCAAAUCUGGAAGCAGUGCUGGUGAACUGAGCAGAAAUAAUUUGAAUUUCUCGUUCCUGGGCUCUCCAAGGAGCAGAGUUGGGUUUGCAGAGGCUCCUCCUGCACAGCCCCAGGUUUGCAGGGAAGGAAAUUCCAAAAUCUGCAAAUCUUUGGUUGGUCCCAGGCAGCUCUGAGCCCUCUGGGAUGCAAAAACAGAUUAAUUAUUUUAAAAAAUUAUCAUUUAACAGAUUAAUUAUUUUUUAAAAAAUUAUCAUUUAACCACUUAGAGGACUCAGCUGCUGCAUUUUAGAUCCCUGUUGGAAGAAUGAUCCUUUUCCCCUUCUGUGCCCUUUGCCAUCUCUCCCAAGGCUUCCUUUCUAAAAUGUUGAUUUUUCUCCCUUGCUGAGCCUCUCUCCCAGGAGGAUUUUCCCCCUCCACCAUCCCCAGGACCAGGAUUUCUGCCUGAGGCUGUGGGAGAUUUUAUCAGUGUCCCAAACUCUUUUCUGGCUCCCUGGCUCAGAGUUCCCCAGUUUGGAAAAUCUCUCCCAAUCCUGAUUUUUUUAAAUUUUUAUUUUUGCACUAAGCAAUUGUGUUGCUGUAAUUCCAGCAACUUUUCACCACUUUUCCUCAGAAAAUGCUUUUCCAACACCACCCCAAAGAUCUGACCAGGACUAAAAGCAGCAACAAAAAUUCCCUUCUCCCUUUGGUGUGAAAAGCAUGACUAAGCCUAAAUGAUCUUAAAAUUCCUUUAGUUGAAAGGAAAAAAACUGAAUUUCUUGUCAAGGAAACAUGCUCAGGGUAAAUAGACUUAGGCUGUCGGGCAGGUAGGAGUAGCUCCAACACUCUUCUGGAAUAAUAGGAAACUGAAAAUGUGCAGAUUUAUAUUUUUUAAAGCAUAAAAAUAGACAGUAAGUGACAGCAGACUCACUGUAAAAAUCUCCCAGGUGUGGUUUAUUCUUUACCUUGUGUCUUCUAUUGUAAAAUGAACUUGGACAGUUACAACUUUGUGUGGAAAAUAAUAAAUAAUAAUAAUAAAUAAUAAUAAUAAUAAUAAAAGGCAAAAAAACCUAACUCAACCUGUGUGAAAGUGCAUAAUGCUCCAAGCUAACCUCCAUCCUGUAAUGCUACCUUGUAUGUUGAAUUUGUUCAGGCACAUCGAGCGUGCAAAUAAAAAUGAAAAUCACUUUAA